AUGGAUCUUACCCUCCGCUUCCAACGCUCCUGUAGCAAGGCCGAGAUCGCCUCAGUGGGCAUCUCCCCUUCUACCUCAGCCGCCUUCGCUAUCUAUACAGCAGCGCAAACUGCCCAAUCCUGGAUCGACGUCUUCGACACCAAGACUCAGAAGGGCUACUCCAAGACAAGCGGCUCGCGUGCUGUAUUCUCUCCUGGUGGAUCCCGGUUGGCCACUGUUCGAGACUGGACAGUUCAGCUCACUGGUGCUGUGGACUUUCACCACUCCAGUACUGUGUUCGUGAGGGAUUACGCAAGUGGCAAGACGGCCUGUGAACUCAAGGAGGCGAAGGGUGAGCCCAUUGCUUGGAGCCGCGACGGAAAAGUCAUUGCUGUUGGGGAAGCAAGGGACCGUAUCGGAGUCUGGGAUGUUAAGAACGGAACUCGGAUCGGCAAGGUUCUGGGCCACAUCGACGCAGUAACACACGCCGAAUUUCUCCCUGAUCACAGCCUGGUCACCAUCUCGCGCGAUGGGACACUGCGAAUCACAAACAUAGCGACUUGCAAGACGAUCCGCCGCCUCGAAAUUGACGGCUCGAACAAUCCCCGGGCUCUAGCCGUCAGCCCUGACGGACGCCGCAUAGUCUCGAUUUGGGGAACGAAUGUCCACAUUUGGGUGCCCUCGGUCAACGACCUGACGUCCUACAAUCUCAAUGCCGUACGCCGCUGCGAGGGAUGGCCGCUGGCUAUCUCGCCCGAUUGUCGAUACCUGCUCUGCAGGACUGAAGACGGCUUCGAUAUCAUGGACGUGGCGACGGGAACUGUCGUGUACGAGGAGGCCACGGAGGAGAUGGUAAUGUCUGGUGCUUUUGCAGAGGAUGCGAAGACCUUGGUUCUUGGACGGAUGGACGGUGUUAUAGAGGUUCGGGAUGUUUUUGACAGGAGGGCUUGA